GCGGCAAGGAGUUUCGCUUCCUAAGUCAUCUGAUGCGACACAUGCGGACCCAUACAGGCGAGAAACCUUACAGAUGUGAGGAAUGUAACAAAAGCUUCGGUCUGCUGAGUCAUCUGAAGCGACACAUGCGGACUCACGCCGGUGAGAAGCCGUAUCAAUGUGAGGAAUGUAGCAGGUGGUUUGGUAGGCUGGGUGAUCUGAAGACGCAUAUCAGAACCCACACGGGUGAGCAACCCUAUAGAUGUGAGGAAUGUAGCAUGCGGUUCACUGCGCUGGGUAGUCUGAAUACUCACAUGCGGAUUCACACUGGUGAGAAACCAUAUAAAUGUGAGGAGUGCAGCAGGCGGUUCAGUCAGCUGGGCAAUCUAAAGACUCACAUGCGGACUCACACAGAAGAGAAACCCUACAGGUGUGAUGAAUGCAGCAGGCAGUUCAUAACACUGAGUAAUCUGGAAACACACAUCCGGACUCACACUGGGGAGAAACCCUACAGGUGUGAAGAGUGUGGCAGACAGUUCAGUGAGUGGAGUACUCUGAAGAAGCACAUAAGAACUCAUACUGGUGAGAAACCUUACAGAUGUGAGGAGUGCAGCCGGUCGUUUAGUACACUGUCACAUUUAAAGAUACAUAUGCGGACUCACACUGGUGAGAAACCGUACAGAUGUGAGGAGUGCAGCAGACAGUUCAGCACAAGCAGCAAUUUAAAGAGACACGUCGUGCGAACUCACAGAGCGCAGAAACCGUACAUGUCUUAAAAAGGCAACAAAAGCUUUCGUAAGAGUGCCAACUGAAAA